UUUAUUUUAUUUAUUUUUUAUUUUAAAGUUUUUCAUUUUUGAUUUAAAUCCAAUACGCAGAGCUUGAAAAUGAUUAUCAACAAUAAAUGUUAAACUGUAUGUGGAUUUACUAUUUGAUUGGCGCCGAUAUAAGACAUUUAUCCAAAAUGGCGGAUUCGUUGAUAAGCAUCCUGAAGCUGCUACAUUCGAUAAAAAGGGAGGAUUUGAAGAGAGAAAUAGAUCAGAUUGAACAAGCUCCUCACCUGACAGAAAAGCUUAUGGCAAUGCAGAAAGACAUAAACAGACUCAAAAAGGAAAACGAAGAACUGCAGCAAAACAGAAAAAGUGCUGAUCGGGUUAAUUAUAGUCACGCGUUUACCGAGAAAAAAAUGAAGGAAAUUGAAAAGGAGCUUGCGAAUACGAAACAAGAAUUGGAUGACGCAAACAAUAGACUGAGUCAACUAAUGGGGAGAAAGAUGGCAGACAACAAUCCGGCUAUCGCCGAUCUGAGCGACUUCAACAGACCCGAGAAACUUGGUCAGCGAUAUUCAGAAUUGUACGACAAUCAAUGGACCGACGCCUUCGGUACUUUACAGGAGGAUCCUUCUUUUGAAGACGAGACACAAAUUUUGGACAUUCUUCUAAACGUUCUUGUGAAUGCCAUGGAAUUUUGUAAAACAAAUGCUGAGUUUCACAAACGUAAAAUUACAAAUACGCUUCUAAUGCGAGACGAUGAGGCAUGUCAAUUGACAUCAACGCAAUCAAAAUUAAUAAAAGACGUUAUGAAAGUAACAGCUCCUGAAUCAGGCAUGCGUCUUUACGAGGUACUGGUUUGUAAUAAAAUAUUUCGUUUUAAUUAUACUGUCCUUCGUUUAAUUGCACGAUUUAAUAUAUUAUAAAGUGUUAGUCUUAUAUGCGUGUCGUUUUUAAAGCACACACUAUUACUACCUUACAUUUGACUUA